CGGUCCCUUACCCCAUGUGGCCCUCGGAUAAGCCGUUUGGAUCCUCUGUGUAAAUCUUAUCGCCAUACAUAAUUGAUUUGCUACACAGAUAGCCGAUCAACGGCGAGUCAGACGUGUGAGCAAGAAUACUGGUUUUCAAUCUUGGAAACUCUAAACUCUUCUGUUACUUUAUCUCUCGUUCCUCAGAAACCAUUGGCUCGAACGGACGAUUGCUUCAUUGCGAAUUGGUCCUUACAGCUCGUCGAGGUGGCAGCCCUGGAAGUCGAUCUUGAGUACGAGUACCUCCGCCCGUUUGGUGCUCCGUCUUACGACCUUUUUCAUUGAUCGUCACGACUUUCGUGCAACCGUCCCAGAUCAGUGAUUAUCUAUCAACAACCUAUGGUCUCUUUUGCAGUCUGAACAUACACUGCCAACCUAAAGAACUAGGCAACGAUGGCAAGCUCUGUUCGAACUCUGCCGAGGCGAUUGGGCCAGUUGACUGUCCAGACCAGGCUGUCCGCGGCCAGGGCAAAGCUCAACCCCAGGGCAUAUCGCCAAUGCGCUCUCCAAACCAGCACGGCCAUUGCCCGGCCGUUUACCAGCUCCGUGGCUUCAAGAGCCGAGGUAGAUGUGAACGCUGUACCGCAGUCGACUGAAGCUGUCGGGAGCUACGCUGAUUUGGAUACCUUUCCCCGGCGUCACAUUGGACCGGAUGAUGCAGAUACAGCAGCCAUGCUCAAGGCUCUGUCGCCAGCCGUGGAUUCACUCGAUGCCUUCAUUGAGCAGGUUAUUCCAGCGGAUAUCCUCACGAGAACCCAGAUGGAUCUUCAUCAACCUGGAAGCCAGUGGAAGCCGCAGGACAAGGCCAUGUCAGAGACAGCUUUGGUUGAGUGGUUUAAUAACUGCGCGAAGAAGAACAUUCCUAUGCACAGUCUUAUUGGUGCCGGCUACUAUGAGACCAUCACACCACCAGUAAUCCAAAGGAAUGUCUUGGAGAGCCCAGCAUGGUAUACCAGCUACACGCCUUACCAGCCAGAGAUCAGUCAGGGUCGUCUGGAGUCCCUGGUAAACUUCCAAACCAUGGUGACUGAUCUCACCGCCCUUCCCAUUGCAAAUGCCAGUCUGUUAGAUGAAGGCACAGCAGCUGCAGAGGCCAUGACACUCUCGAUGAACGCGUUAUCAUCAUCCCGCGCCAGGAGAGAGAACAAGACGUUUGUGGUUUCGCACAGGCUGCACCCACAAACCGUGGCUGUUCUACGUGGACGUGCUGAUGGUUUUGGUAUCAACAUCGUGACCAAGGACGUCACGAGCAAGAGUGCUACAUCCGAGAUCGAAGCUCUUGGCGACGAUUUGAUCGGUGUCAUGGUCCAAUACCCCGACACACUAGGUGGCGUUCAGGACUUCCGAGACCUUGCUUCUCUAGUUCACAAACAAGGUGCACUUCUGAGUUGUGCAACUGAUCUGUUAGCACUCACUGUUCUGACCCCUCCGGGAGAGUGGGGCGCAGAUAUCGCCUUCGGAAGUGCCCAAAGAUUUGGAGUACCUCUUGGCUAUGGUGGUCCUCAUGCUGCUUUCUUCGCGGUUACUGAGAAGCACAAAAGGAAGAUUCCCGGAAGACUUGUGGGUUUGUCCAAGGAUCGUAACGGCGGCAAAGCCUACAGACUGGCUCUUCAAACCCGUGAGCAGCACAUCAGACGCGAGAAGGCCACCAGCAAUGUCUGCACCUCCCAGGCAUUAUUGGCCAAUAUGAGCGCCCUCUACGCAGUCUACCACGGACCUGAGGGCCUCAGGGCUAUCGCAGAAAAGACCAUCCGAGGAGCCCGCGUUAUCCAACACCUAGCAGAGAAGGCCGGUUUCAAGACGGUCAACUCCAACACGGAUGCCAAUGGAACUGUCCUUUUUGACACCGUAACGAUCGAUGUCGGUACUUCUCACACGCGAGAUAUCAUCAUGGAGGAUGCACGGAGUCAGAGACUGCUUUUCAGGACAACUGGGGAGGCCAAGAUUGUCUUUAGUGUUGGUGAGCUGACCAACCUUGCGGUCUUGAAGAAGGUGGCCAGAGUGCUCCUCUUCCAGGGACAAGACUACGAUGAUUUUGCUAGUAUGUCCACUACUUGUGAGGCAGCUGUCAAUGAGGCCCUUUCCAAGCAAGGUACAGACCUCGCCAUUCCUGAUGCAUUCCGCCGAACCAGUAACUAUCUCAGUCAUCCCGUUUUCAACACACAUCACUCUGAGACGGAGCUUUUGCGAUAUAUCCAUCAUCUCCAGUCCAAGGAUCUUUCGCUGGUGCAUUCUAUGAUCCCACUUGGUUCGUGUACGAUGAAGCUCAACGGUACUACCGAGAUGUCGCUGAUCUCCAACGAUUUCAUGGCUUCCCGUCAUCCGAUGGCCCCGCUUGAGAACACGAGAGGAUACUACACCCUCUUCAAGUGGUUCUACAGCCAACUGGCAAGUAUCACUGGCAUGGAUGCCGUCUCGCUUCAGCCCAAUUCCGGUGCUCAGGGUGAGUUUGCUGGUCUGCGUACCAUCAGGGAAUACCAGAAGCUGCAUGGAAAGGGUGACAAGAAGAGGGACAUCUGCUUGAUCCCGGUGUCUGCGCACGGUACAAACCCGGCUUCCGCUGCGAUGGCCGGCAUGCGAGUUGUUCCCAUCAAGUGUGACACGAAGACCGGAAACCUUGACGUUGUCGAUUUGGAAGAGAAGUGUAAGAAGCACCAGGAUGAACUCGGUGCUAUCAUGGUCACUUACCCCAGUACCUUCGGUGUCUUCGAGCCCGAAAUCAAGAAGGUCUGCAACCUUGUUCAUGAGUAUGGCGGACAAGUCUACAUGGACGGUGCCAACAUGAAUGCCCAAAUCGGUCUAUGCUCACCCGGAGAGAUUGGUGCCGACGUCUGCCAUCUCAACCUGCACAAGACUUUCUGUAUUCCUCACGGUGGUGGCGGCCCUGGUGUCGGUCCCAUCUGUGUCAAGGAGCACCUGAGAGAAUUCCUCCCGCGAGACCCGUACAAGGUUCCCGAGAAGGGCGAACCAGGAAACCAUCCUGUCAGCAGCGCACCAUAUGGUAGUGCAAGCAUCAACCUAAUCAGUUGGGCAUACAACACAUUGAUGGGACCUGAGGGACUCACUCACGCCACCAAAAUUGGUCUUCUCAAUGCCAACUACCUCCUUGCGCGCCUCAAGCCCCACUACCAGAUUCUCUAUACGAAUAACCAUGGUCGCUGCGCUCACGAGUUCAUCCUUGACAUCAGACCAUUCAGCAAGUCUGCUGGUGUCGAGGCUAUUGAUAUCGCCAAACGACUGCAAGAUUACGGUUUCCACGCACCCACUAUGAGCUGGCCGGUAACCGGAACUCUGAUGAUUGAGCCUACAGAAUCCGAGUCUCGUGACGAGCUCGAUCGAUUCGUGGACGCACUGGUUUCUAUCCGUAAAGAGAUUGCCGAAAUUGAGGAGGGCAAGGUCCCGCGUGACCGCAAUGUCCUCAAGCUCGCGCCACAUCCUAUCCAGGACAUCAUUGACGGAGAUGGUGAGGGCAAAUGGGAGAGAAGCUACUCCAGAGACAAGGCUGCCUAUCCGUUACCUUGGUUGAGGCAGAAGAAGUUCUGGCCUAGUGUUGCCAGGAUUGACGAUGCGUAUGGCGACAUAAAUUUGUUCUGCACGUGCCCGCCUGUGGAAGACACGACUGACACGAAGUUCGGUGUUGCUUCGUAGUGGUGUGGUAGUCUAAGGUACUACAUGUAUUUAGAACAGCUAGGGCUAUGCCAUCGUGAUCGAUGGAUAGCAGAGGGUCAGCAUAACAUCCGAUUUCAACAGUUCGGUAUGAGGCGUACAACGGCAUAUAUAAGACCGGUAUUUGACGCAGAGUCAAUUUACUUUUCGAGCGCGGAGUUCUCAUCAACUUCUAGGAGCACAGAGUUUUUGGUUGCUGCAAAUGGGUUAUAGGAUUGGUUGGGUUAUGAUAGAUUGUGUCGGCAAUAGCACAAAAUAUUACUGAUGGCUGCGAUCAUCUCAUCUAUGGAUUCCAUAAAAACCGACCGAGCAAGCGAUAGCGUUGAUGGCAUCUGUUUAUCGUCCCCUCGUGUUUACGAGAUCUCUCCCGUGGUGUAAAGGAUCAACGUC